AUGUCUACCACAGACAUUACUGUCCGUGGUGAGACGGCCGUCAUCGACGUCUCGCGCUAUCCGCACACUCGGGUCGACUCGCUCCUCUCGCGCUACUUUCCACGCCUCUUCCCCACACGCAAGGAGGCGGCAAAGGCGAUCUCUGCUGGUCGGCUUCGAAUGGGUGUCGGGAUGUACGAGGAGACUGCCGGAGAGUGCGUGGCUAAUGGUGGAUUGGAAGCGCCCGAGGCCGGCUGGCUGGCGCUGGCACUUGACCCCAUCGCCAAAGCCGUCCUCGCCACGGCUGUUGUCCACGACGACGAUGGUCGCAAGCUGCUGCAGCGGACCGUCACUGUUCCCGACUCUGCUGAAGGCGGCAUCAAGAUCAUCAACGCCGCCCUCGCGUGGUUUGCUGACAUGGGCCUUUCUGGCCGCAAGCCUGUCCGCCGGCUCAUCGGUGCCCGCGCCUUUGCCGUCGACGACGUCACCGUGGCGACCAACGUCUUUGUUGCCGCCGGCUCGCGCCUCACGCUCCGCCUUCCGAUGCAGCCGCUCGCGCAACUCCGCUCGUCGAUCGCCGCCACCAUGGCUGUGGUUGUCGUCUACGAAGACAGCGUCAUGGCGGUGGUGGCCAAGCCAGUCGGACUCUCGCCAGAGGCUCGCGGCCGGACCCCGAGCCUCCGUGGCCUCCUCCCGCAACUCUUUCCUCCCCAUCUCCUCCCGCCACACCUCAUGCCUGCUGACCCGAUGCCGGUACCGCGGCUGGCAAGCAUGCUUGACAAGCAUGUCUCGGGCCUUAUGGUUGUUGUCAAGUCGCGCUCGGUCCAAGACUCGUGGGGCAUCGGAACGUACACUGCGUGCCGCGCUGGCGGCUCGACCAUCGUCACCGGGUGGGAGGCGCUUGUUGUCGGCGAGCUUGGCGACGUCGGCCAAGUGCUCUGCCUUGGCACCACCUACCCAAAUAACGACCGCUGGUCGCAGAUCGAGCCGGAGAUGACUGUCGUCCCGGUGGCGUGCGAGGUCGGCGUGCCUGAUGUCGUCGACGGCGCCACGCCUGGCCUCUGCUGCGGCGACCAUGCUACCACCGUCCAUGUCGCCGUUGUGGCACGCGGAAGCUCGAACAAUCUCGAGUCCAUUUCACGAGUCCGCGCCGUUGUUGUCCGCGACGGAGGCGCCAUUCGCGCCGGCAUGUACCAGUCUCGGACGAGAACAUCAUUCGUCCACGCCGGCGAGCUGGCGCUGGUCCAUCCAGUGCACGGCACAACGCUGUACGUGCAGACCCCGGUCGAUGCGAGGUUCGAGACCAAGCUCGCGCGUGAAGCCAGCUUUCACUCGAUCAAGGCUGCUGCCAAGGAGGCUGCUAUUGCUGCAGCUAUUGCUGAGCCAGACUCCAAGUGGACUGAAGACGACCGCGAGGCGAUGCAGCGGCUGCCGAUUCCGUACUUGCUGGGCAAAGCCCGGUUUGCUGGCCUCGAGUUUACUGUCACCAACGACGUUCUCGUCCCGCGAGUCUCGUCCGAGCCGCUGGUCGAUGCUGCCGUGGCGGCGCUAGCCGCACGCCAGCUACCGGUCACAGUGGUAGAUCUUGGCACCGGAUCGGGCUGCCUGAUUGUGGCGGUGAUGGCCAAGCUCUUUGCUGCCGGCGUCGCAGUCGACGCGGUCCGCGGCGUUGGUGUCGACAUCUCGCCGCAGGCUCUGGCUGUGGCACGGCAGAAUGCGUUGGCACUGCUGCCAGGCGAAGCUGACAUCACGUUUGUAGAAGGCGACUUUGCAGCGCUUGACGUCCUCGGCCUGACUGGCGUUGAUGUAGUGGUGUGCAACCCGCCGUACCUUGCAUCGCGGGCGCCGACCGCCUACGAUGCCGCGAGCACGCUCGUCGCCGAGCCGGAGAUUGCGGUGGUGGCUAGCGAGGCCGGGCGGGGCGCAUACCUCGCCCUCGCCGCCGCCUUUCAGCGCACGCCGGACUUUCUUGCCCGCACUAUUCCUGGCGAGCUUGUGCUUGAGGUUGGCGGCCACCACCGGAACGAGAGCAUCGCGGCCGAGUUUGCGCCUCAGUUUGAGGUUGUCGACGAGCUUGUGACGCCUCAGGGAGCGGCGCGCGGGCUGCGGCUGCGGGUAUGCAUCUAACUCGUCGCCCGCCAGCUGGCCGAUGUGUUUCAUUUGAGAGGCUCCUCAAAGGUUAUGCUGCGGUCUCUGGGACGACAUCCAUGUCAGUGGGCGAAGUGUCGGCUGGCGGAGCAGGCGCCGAAGAGGGCGCGGCGACGUCCAUGGGCUCAGGCGUCGGGUUGGCGGCGGGAGUGGUGGACGCGGCAGGAGUCGCCGAAGCAGCAACGACAGGCAGGGUGGGUGACGGGGCGGUCGACACCGAUGCCGACGCCGACGCGGCCUUGGCCUCCACAAACGAAGCCUGCAUGGCCUUGAGGCGCUCGGCGUUCUCGCGGAGCGCGUCUGCGUCGAGGUUGCGUGAACGCUUGCGCUUGCCCAUGAGGCGAAUGGCCUCAAACGACGGGUCGUUCUGCCCGUAGGCGAGCGAAGUCUGCCACGAGCGAGCGCACUGCAUCAUGGGCGACGACUGGUUGAAGAGGGCGCGGACGGC